AAUAUUUCUAGCAAGUGUACUUAGGAAUAAGCCUUUCAUGAUUUCCAUGAAUGGAAGGCUUGUCACUAAGAUCACUUAGUAGGAAUAAUUUGUAUUGAACUCAGUGAGACUUACUGCUAAGUAAACAUGUUUAGGAUGUUUAGCAUUGUGCUGUAAGUAUGUUUAGGAUUAGGACUGCAAUAUAAAUUCCCUUUACAGGCUAAGGUUACUAGAGUAAUUAUUAAAAUUGGAAUCAUCUGAAACUGAUUGAAGUUUGUCAUGUGAGAUUAAAUGCAGGUAUUUAUGAGAAGGAAACAUGAACUUGGAAGCAAAAGGAGAACAAAGUCAAGAAAACCUACUUAAUCCUUUCUCUUGGAAGAAAUUGUGUUGCCUAACCUUCUUUUGAAAUAAUAAUGCCAUCCCCUCUUCCACAUAGUCGUCUUCUCCAUCUGGAAUUUUCUCCAUCUGUGGAAACACGACCCUGUAGUAGUCCCUUGGUGUUUCCUGCCAAACGUGAAAAGCUCUUGUUGGGGGAAGGUCCGUUGUCUAGGGCUCGUCGGCUACCCUCUCGGGUAGCUUGGUGUUCUAUAGACUGGGAUCAGUUGUGCCUGCUGCACCCCCUAGGCUCUGGUGGCUUUGGUUCUGUCUACAAGGCUACGUACCAUGGAGCUACAGUGGCUGUAAAGCAGGUAAAAAAAUGCAGUAAGAACCGUUUGGCAUCACGGCAGAGCUUCUGGGCAGAACUAAAUGCAGCACGCCUUCAUCACAAAAAUGUGGUCCGUAUAGUAGCUGCUAGCACAUGUGCCCCUGGCAAUCAGGAUAGUUUGGGCACCAUAAUAAUGGAAUAUGUAGGAAAUAGCACUCUGGACCAUGUUAUCUAUGGGACUGGCUGUAUAACAGCUAAAAGGAAAGAUGAUCAGCUGAGUAUAGCUCAGUGUCUGGGCUACUCUUGUGACAUUAUGGCAGGCUUAGUGUUUCUCCAUUCACAUUUGAUUGUGCAUCUGGAUUUGAAACCUGCCAACAUAUUCAUCACUGAACACAAUGUUUGCAAGAUUGGAGACUUUGGAUGUUCCCAAAAGCUACAGAAUGCUCCAUCAGACCCACAACUUUGUCAACAAGGCGGAACAUACACCCACCGUGCUCCUGAACUCCUUAAAGGUGAGAGAGUCAACCCCAAGGCAGACAUCUACUCUUUUGCCAUCACCCUCUGGCAAAUGGUUACACAGCAAGAGCCUUAUUCGGGUGAGCGCCAGUAUAUACUCUACUCUGUUGUAGCUUAUAACCUGCGCCCUUCUCUGACUGCAGCUGUGUUUAGAGAAUCAACCACUGGCCAAAGGCUUGAAACUAUAAUUGGAAGCUGUUGGAGAGCUGAUGUAGCAGAGCGUCCUAGUGCAGAACUUCUCCUUCACAAUCUUCAGUCCCUGUCUCUAAUAGUAUAAAAAAACCUUGUCUUGUUCCUCUUCAUUUUUAUUGUUGAUCAUCUCUUGCUAAGUUUGUGUAUCUUAUUGCUCUGACCCUUCUCUGCAUGCAAAAUAAGUUUAAAAAUAUUUGUUACUGGUGGUCAAUUUUCUAUAA